UCGGCUUCAGCAAGCCGACCGACCGCAGUCGAGCGCGCGACGUAGUCGAGUGCGGUACACAUUGCCGUAGGCAGCUUUUGCUAUUCCCAUUGCUACCGCACACUGUGUAUUUCUUGUGUGUGUAUGUGUGUGUUCGUUCGUGACCGUGUUUUCUUCCCUCUCUUUCUAUUCCAUUCCAUUGUAUAUUAUUUCUCUCUCUUUCACUCAUUCACGAAACCGUUCGUUUCCAACGAACUUUACCACCCCGUCGGUGGAUAGCGUGACCAGCGUGUUUCCUGUACGGUCAGGACUUCAACGAUUCUCGAUCUUUCAAAGAAGACCGAGAGAAAGGAAGAAAGAAAAAAAAUAAAAUAAAAGCAGACCUUCGAGUCCCAUCGAAAGUCGAGAAGCAGAAGGAAAAGAAGAAGAGGGGAGAGAAACGAACCGUGCAGGGAAGGACAUUCGAGCGGGAAAAAAGAGUUCCUCUUCUUCGUGGAAAAGUUACGAGGAAAAGAAAUAGAGAGAGAGAGAGAGAGAGAGAGAGAGAGAGAUGCGUAGAUCAAAGGAAGAGUGAGCGAGAGAGAAGAACGCGUGCGCACCUACAUAUCUCGCAAGGUGUAUUACGUCUUCGUCUCAUUAUCAACAUCUUUAUCGGCCGUGAGUGUCGCGCAUUCUUCCAUCUUUCUUUCUCUCUUUUCCUCUCUCUACUUUCUUUUUGAAGCAGAGGGAUCUCUUCUCAAGUUGCUGCGAGCGUUUCUGAGAAGAAACGAUGAGCAACGGCGUCGCGACGCUCUCGUUGCGCCGCAGGAGGAACUGGACGACGACGCGUUCGAACUAACGGUUUCCAUCGUUCUAUUGUAAUAACGCUUCUCUACUGUUUCCUUUUCUCCGAUUCUCUUUCUUGCUCUCUUUUGAAACGUGUUCUGGUGUAUUUCCUUCAUAACCAAGAACGCCUUCGAGGGAUUUAACGAUGAACGAGAUAGAUAUGACAUUCUUCGUUCUCAUUAUUCUUGUGGUCGGUCUAACCAUGACCACUGCGUCCGACGUAUUGAUUCUUGGAUCCACAUCUAUGGGAUACGCGAACCAACAGGAGUCUAAGGUUCAUUGUCGAUACAGCAAGGCCUAUUCGAUGCUACAGGUUAAAUGCUCCGAUCCAAAGCUGGAGGAAAUUCCUCGCGAUUUGAAUUCGAAUAUACAGGUUCUUGACGCGUCCUUCAGCAGAAUCCGAGAUCUCCACAACGACAGUUUUUCGUCGUACACGAAGCUGCUCUAUAUUUAUCUCGGCGACAAUUUUAUUCAAAACAUCGAGGAGUCCGCGUUUGCUCAACAAUAUUAUCUUGAAGUCCUUGACCUGACGAAGAACGGUUGCGACAAUCUCCCGAAGAAUCUGUUUCAGCUUCCGUACCUACGUAGGGUCUAUCUAGCCGUGAAUAAAUUUGGCGACUCUGUCUUUCAGACCGAAGUUACUUCGCCUCUCAAUUUUCUUCAACUUCAUCGUAACAAACUGACAAAGCUGCCAGAAAUGGGAUACUUACCAACGCUUCAGAACCUUAACGUUUCCGAAAAUAUGAUCAGUAGAAUUACAACGAAAGAGCUGGCUCGUUUCUGUUACUUAGAGGUUCUCGACGCCUCGAAGAAUCCACUCAAUCUCGAAGAGGACAACUGCGAAUGCGUCAUCAUGCGGAGAUGGUUGAAAUUACGCAAGAUUAUCUUCAAACCAGAGUACAAUUGUACUCCUGCGGCAUUCGAACGUUGUGGAAACGUCACUUUUAGCAACGAGACCUUAACGAUCUACGAUGAAUGCACGAAUAUCCUGAGGAUACAAAUGCAAACUAAAAAGGCACGCAAUAUAUGGAUCAUCGUGGUUUGCUGCGUUGCCUGCUUCAUCGUUAUCGUCUUUCUCGUACUACUUUGCUUCCACAGACGUAACAAAAGGAAGAAGCAAAAACUGAAAAAGGAACAGCAACGUAUAGCUGCCAAUAAUGCGAAUACGCAGCUGUUGAAUAGUAAUCUAAAAUAGGCGAGAGCAAAGUAAAGUUUUUUAUCUGUUUUUUAUUUCUUUUCUUCUUUAUCGGAGAUGAAAAAGUGAAAAAUGUCUUUUCGGUUACCGCACGAACUUACUUUUUUUUUGUUUGCUUUCUCUUCGUUCGAUCGAAAGAUUUCAUCGUUAUCGAGGAUAUUGAACUUUCGAGAAAAGCUGAAGAAGGAGGAUAAGGGGCAGAAGAGAUUUCGAUACCUCGAGGAGUAUUUGCCCCAUCGUGUUUGCUCCUCUAGGGGAUACUCCGAAGAGGAUUUACGUUCUGAACGUUCAAGUAUAAGUCUCCAGUAGACUCGAACGUAUCUUUCGGGACUGUGAUCUCGUAUUUGUAUGAAAGUUUAUGUAGUUUUGUGUAUGUACUUAAGCCUGAACCGCGGCAUUCGUUGUUUCAUUUCUUUGCGCGUGACUGCCUCGACGUUGUAUGGAUCUUCGAUUUUUAUGUGUUUUUUGAUAUUGUCUCUUUUAUAUACAUAUAUCGUAUGUUAUGAAAGUAUAUUGUUUUGUUAUUAUAUAUAUAGAUAUAUACAUAUAUAUAUACAUAUGUAUAUAUAUAUACACACACACAUAUAUAUAUACACAACACAGACGCACACACAAGCAUAUGCAUAUAUGUAUACAAUGUUCGAAGAAAUGCUUUUACGUCGUAAACGAAUUGUACUUAAGAUUUGUCUACCAACUUAUAUAACGAGUACUUUAAAUAUUUUAUAGCAAGUAAAAUUUUCUUUUUUAUUUUGAAAAUUCUCUCGAUAAUGGCACGAAGCUUACAUUAUAUUGCAUUUUCUUGUCGGAUCGAUUUUUCUGUUUUUUUUUUCACGAAAACUUACGUAAACAUAUAUGCUUUUGAUAGACAAUAGAUUUCAUUAAUUUACGCGUGAAUGUUUUUUCUUUCUUUCUCAUUUUUGUUCAGCGUAAACGUAUACGAGAGUAACAGCGAAAGGACUGUGGAAAAAUUUUUCCUCUUUGCGAGUAAGUUUACUCUAUUUUUCUAUAAAACGAUGUAUCGUUUUAUGAAUAUUCGAUAUUUAAAUAUAAAUCACAUCAGUUCAUAUAUACGUAUCGUGCGAUGUUCUACGCUAUUCGAUAUAAUAAAUAGAUAACUUUAUCUUAUUGAUCAUAUCGCCCUACUAAUAAUUCGAAACGAAUUUCUACGCUUUCCUUAAGAUAAUUUUAUUGUAAUAAUAUAAAUCAACUCGGAACAAAAUUAAUGGCGAAAAAAGUUGACAUAAUCGAUAAAAAGUAUACGUAAAACGUCAAUAAUUAUCGCUAAGGGACCUAAUUAAUUAUCUUUUUUUGUAUUAAGUCAUCGGAUAUAUUCCGGUGCAUUUAGUAGGGCACGUAUAGCCAGAUAUUUACAUACGUAUUUGUUGUACAGCAUAAGAACGUAAAGAACUGUGUGUGUGUGAUACUACAGUUUGUACAUAUCAUUUUAAUUUCUAGUUUAGUUAUUAACGGAAAAAAAUAAUUUAUAUAUGCGCGUUCCAAUUAAUAAUAUAACUACGUCCGUGUUGUAUGUACGUUUUGAGGAGAAUUUAGAGUUUUUUGCGAUUAUUAUUCAAUUGAUUGUGAGUAACCUUGCCAAUGCGUGGGCUGUGCAUUUUAUGCAGGUUACCUGAACGAAAAAGAUACGAUAUUAAAAUUGGUAGAAAAAUAUGGA